AUGCCAACAUUACGAGGCUCAAUACUCUUGCCAUCCCUCGACCUCCUUUUCUCACAAUUAGGUACCCAAUCAGGGUCCGCCGAGGAAGCCACACAACCUCCAUCUACCUUUUCACAUCGGGACUCAUUCGAGGUAUAUCGCGAGAGCCGCGCUCGCAGAGAGCUAGCGAGGCGCACAGAUCUAUGGAGCGAGAGCCAAUAUGAUGGCCUACCAACAGAUCCCGAUGAACCGUCGUUGCUGGACCAGCUUAUGGCCCGAAUUCGCAGGGCAUGGAACCGGCAUUCGGCACAACUCGUCACUCGGGGACGCCAAAAAAAACGGUCUUCCAACAAAGAGAAAGAUAAAUCUGAGUCUAGACCACACUCCCAAAAGCGUGCGCGCUUCUCUAAUGAAAAGCCGCGGUUAAUACCCACACGUUAA